AUGGAUCAGAUUACUAGACUCUCGCCAUGGCUGGUGCUAGCAUGUGCUGUAUCCAGUGCGUGGGCGAGUAAAAAGCCGUUCAACAUUAACGAGGACAUCCUGGCUUAUCCCCAAUAUCAAGUGACUUUCCCCGAGGAAUAUGUCCUUGAAGUCCAGGCCGACGCAUUGCUCCAAUCGCAAGCCAACCCCGACGCAAGACAACCCAACAAUGAUCAGAACAAGCCUCAGCUCUACAUGGGCAAGGAGCGAAGCGAUCCCUCUGACCUUCCUCAAGGGGAGUUCGAACGUCCUUUAUUCACGUAUGAAGAAAUGAUUAUUGAAGACCGACGACUUCUCUGCCAGAUCCCGCUUGUUACGAACGACGACCACAAUACGACAAGAGACAAAAGUGACAGCAAAGCUGAAGAGCAAAAGGAGCUAGCUCGUGCAACGGAUCGUGGCCUGGAGCUUCUACGCGAGAUGGAAGGGAAAUGCAUGUACUAUUUUUCCGGCUGGUGGUCCUAUUCCUUCUGUUACCAAAAGCAGAUCAAGCAGUUCCAUGCACUUCCUGUUGGUCGUGGUAUUCCCCACUACCCACCAAUUGAAGAUACAACAACACAUUCUUUCAUAUUGGGAAGAUUCAUUGGGGACAAGGACGAGGAAGAUCCCAAACCGGCCAAAACAGAUGUGGCAGAGCUUCAUGCCAAGGGUGGCUCACGUUACUUGGUCCAGCAUCUCCGGGGCGGGACUAAAUGCGAUCUUACCGGACGUGAACGUAAGGUAGAGGUGCAGUUUCAUUGCCAUCCGCAGUCGACAGAUCACAUCGGGUGGAUCAAGGAGCUUGCAACGUGCUCUUAUCUGAUGGUUAUCUACACCCCUCGCCUGUGUGACGAUGUUGCCUUUUUGCCACCGCAGCAGGAUGAGGUGCAUAAUAUCGAAUGCCGCGAGAUUCUGAUGCCGGACGAAGUCACUGAAUGGGAAGCUAUCAAGGAGUGGUACAAAGUUAACAAACUGGCCGACGCAGCCGCCGAUGCUGAUACCACCCAGCCUGAACUUCAAAUUGUCGGAGGGAUCGAAGUUGGAGGUCGAAAGCUUGUCGGCAUGGAGGGCAAGCAAAUUGAAAAGGGUCGAGUAGCUUCUGCGGGUGAGGAACGUGUGGAGGUCGUUGCGAAACGCGAGAAUGGUGAAAUCCGCAAAAUCUCCAAGCAAGUUCUGAAGAAGUAUGAUCUCGACCCGGAGAAGGUGGAGGACAUGAAGAAGUUACUGGAUGAGCAAGCAGAUGGUAAAGAUUGGACGCUUGAGAUCGUGGAAACCAACGGGGUGAUCAUGUUCCAAGGCAAACUCGCCGAGGAUGAGGAUUGGGAUGAUGAUGAUUUAAAGCCGGAGAAAUCGCCUAAGGAUGCGACAUCUCGAGACGAACCUCCCACAGGCCAUAAACCGAAGCAAGAAUCCGAGCCAGUUGAGGAGCGCAACCCGGCACGACAGUCUGAGAAGCUCGAAGGUGAAGGCAGUGAAGAGACAUUCAAAGAUGAGCUAUGA